ACAGCGAUUAGCUCCAUUUUACCUACGAGAAGCUGAUAAAAACGCUUUACGCGACGCAAAACAGAGCAAAAAGCAGCGAGCAUGUGAAAAACUAAUUACAAGUGAAGUAAAGGCAGUAAACAGAAAGUAUUGGGUCAUGUCGUAAACUUGCAAUUUCCAUGCUCGCCUCUUGGAUCUCCGGCCCCAACUACACACAUAGCUGCUGAUUCGAACGCUCAGUCAUCAAUAUGGCAACAAGUACCAACAACAACCACCACAACAACAAGCAUGAAAAUGGAAUAGCUACAACCGAUCUGGAUGCUCAAGUGAACGUCGAGGAUUUGCCCAUAACCUUCAGGGUUAAAUACAUCGGCUCGGAAGUGGCACGUGGUCUGUGGGGCAUUAAGUACACCCGUCGGCCUGUGGAUAUUAUGGUGGGCGUGGCCAAAAACUUGCCACCGAACAAGGUGCUCCCCAACUGCGACCUCAAAGUGUCCACAUCGGGCGUCAACCUGGAAAUCAUAGCGCCCAAGGCAAGCAUCAACAACUGGAGCUAUCCCAUCGAUACAAUUUCAUAUGGAGUGCAGGACUUGGUCUAUACGCGUGUCUUCGCCAUGAUCGUGGUUAAGGAUGAGACCAGUCCGCAUCCCUUUGAAGUGCACGCCUUCGUCUGUGACAGCCGCGCUAUGGCACGCAGACUGACCUUCUCCCUGGCCGCUGCCUUUCAGGAUUAUUCGCGACGGGUGAAGGAGACGACGGGCGAUGAGGGCCAUGCAUCGUCCACGGCAACGCCUACGGACACAAUAACGCCCACGCGGCAAAAGUUCGCCAUUGAUCUGCGCACGCCCGAGGAGAUAUUGGCGGGCGAGGAGCAGGAGACGGAGGCCUAGACUUUUCCCGCCGCCAACAUUUGUAAACUAAAUGUAUGUACUUGUAUGUAUGUGUGUAAUUCUAUUGGUAUUAUUCGAAGCUAGUGGGCAUGCCCCAUGUGAUGUAAUAGUGACUUAUAUGUUUGUCUCUCAUCCGACCUAACUGUAGUUUCCUCACCCGCUAGUAUUUAUUUGUAUGAUCGUCAUGCAGCUAAUUACCCAAAGCAUAAGAAUUAAACAAAUUGUAACAUGAAUGUUUGUUUGUUUCCGCAAAUAUUGUAAUAAAGCAGCACAAUUUUUAGCUCACGGUAAA